GGCCGUGGGGUGCCACUGGGGCGUGGCGGGGCCCCUCCCGCCAUGGGGCCUGCCCCCCCCGCCCCCGUUUGGGCGGUCUCGGGGCGCUGGGGCGCAUCUCCUGCCCCUGGGCCCGGGCAGACAGCGGCAGCGUGGCGGGGGCUCCCCCAAACCGGGGCGCCCCAAUGGCCCCCCCCAUCCUCCUCCUUCUCCUCCUCCACCCAGGGUGUUUCUGCUAUGCGACGACCCCAUCGUGCGGGAGGAACAACUGCACCGUGUCCCCCCCGCCGUCCCCCUUCCGCCAGAGCACGGAACACCUGACGGUGACCACCAAUGCCAGCAGCACGGCGCCCAGCUGCCCCCCCGGGGUGGUGACGGUGGACGGUGGCCCCACGUCCCGCACAGGCAACCUGGGGGACAACAUCAGCCUGGAGUGUGUCUUCAACGCCCCCUCGGGGGCCCAGGCCCAGGUGACCUGGUACCGCGUGUGCCCCUCCCAAAACUGCGGCCAUCCCGGAGAGGUGGAGGUGGCCGGCAAGGAGCCCAGCCUCAUCUUCAGCCACCUGACGCACAACGACACCGGCCUCUACUUCUGCCGGGUGGAAGCCGGCCGCGGCAUCGGCCAGUCCUGCGGCACCUUCCUGCGGGUGCGCGCAGAGCCCAAGGCCGUCCCCUUCCUCAACAUCAAGGAGGCCACCAAGAACCGCAUCAUCACGGCCGAGGGGGUCCUGCUGCUGCUCUGCGCCGUGGGGCCCGGCCUCCUCCUCCUCUUCAGGAAGCGAUGGGCCAACGAGCGGCUGCUGCAGAUGAAGAAGGCCUUGGAGGAGGAGAACCUCUACGAGGGGCUGAACCUGGACGAGUGCUCCAUGUACGAGGACAUCUCCCGGGGGCUGCAGCCCACCUACCAGGACGUGGGCAGCCUCCACCCCGCCGACCCCCAGCUGGAGAAGCCCUGAGGGGGCCGGGGGGGAAGGGGAGGGUCCCGCUGGACCCCCACCCCCUGUCGCCCCCCGACACCCUCUGCCCUGCAAGGCUUUGCUUCGUUAAACGCUCGCUCGGCCCCCCCUGCCCCAAUAAAGCUAACGAGACGGCAGACGGGGCCCUGCCUCUCCCCCCGCCCCGCUGCAA